AUGAUUCGGCGAGUAUUUCCAAAUGGCCGAAUUCCACACGUCUGCGUUGUCGGCGCUGGAAUCUCGGGACUGAGGUGUGCCGAGGUGCUGGCUCAGCAGGGUCUGAAGGUGACGAUACUCGAGGGGCGUGACCGCAUAGGAGGGCGUGUCCACCAGUUCAGUCAACAGGGUCAUCUGAUUGACUUAGGGCCAAAUUGGAUUCAUGGCACUGACCACAACCCGAUUUUGGACCUCGCGGAAAGGACUCAUGACACAACCUUCUCACCUCCUGAAGAUGCCAAACCCUCUCUGUACGACGAAUUAGGUCAUCUUGUCGAGGGCCAAACGGCAAAGAAGCAUUCCGAGCUUGUCUGGGAAAUCAUUUCCAAUGCCUUCAGGUAUAGCAGGGAGAACGGCCCUUCGAUACCACCGCAAAGCUCCCUUAUGGACUUCUUUAGGAGCGAAGUGAAGGGGAAGGGAUUGAAUGAUGUUUCCUCCAAGCUAAUCCUCCAAAUGGCUCGAAUGUGGGGAGACUUCGUGGGCGAGCCCAUUGAGAAGCAAAGCCUAAGGUUCUUUUGGCUGGAAGAAUGCAUCGAAGGCGAAAAUCUCUUCUUGGCAAGCACCUACAAAUCAAUCCUCGACCUCAUCGCCAAAGGCGCAUUGGCUAGAGCCGAUCUCCAAAUCUCCACAAAGGUCACUUCCUUCAAAUCGAACAUCCAAAGCGGGCAACCGCCCUCGGUCACCAUUACCACGGCCUCCAACGACACUAUGAAUUUUGACGAAGUGAUCGUGACCUGCCCCUUAGGCUGGCUGAAACGUAACGUUACCUCUUUCUCGCCUACGCUUCCCUCUCGGAUCACCACAGCCAUCGAGCACAUUUCCUACGGUCGUCUCGAGAAAGUUUACUUCACCUUUCCCACUGCGUUCUGGCUCUCGUCAAAUUCCACAGGUACAGUGACCACAUUUUUCUCCCAAUUUCUUCCUCCCACGUACGCUUCAGACCAAAAUCCAGAACGCUGGACCACGGAAUGCGUCUCGCUCGCCUCCCUCCCCGGGUCUUGCGCGCAUCCAACACUCCUAUUCUACUUCCAUGGACCCUGUGCUCAGCACGUCACCUCCCUGAUUCAAGGCCUCGAUCCAGCCUCCAAGGAAUACUUCUCUCGCCUGGACGCCUUCUUCCACCCAUACUAUUCGCUCCUACCCGAUUAUUCCUCGUCGUCUCCCGAUUGCAAACCCUCCGGGAUCUUUGUCACGAAUUGGCAGAACGACGAAUUCGCAGGAUUUGGCUCCUAUACGACGUUUCAAGCUAGCGAUCCAGCAAAGGAUGGGGAGGUGCAGCUGGACAAGGAUAUCGAGGCGCUGAGGGAGGGUUGCCCGGAGAGAGGUAUCUGGUUCGCGGGCGAGCAUACGGCCCCAUUUGUGGCGUUGGGGACGGUGACGGGGGCGUAUUGGAGCGGUGAGGGUGUUGCCAAGAGGGUAGCGGAGGUUUAUGGGUUAAGCGGUGGGGAUGAGAGCAAGCAAGGCUCAACAGGUCAGCCUAUGCGUGAUGAAUUGAACGAAGCAUAG